AUGAGCUACCAAAACACUGACCGUGACUAUGCAGAGCCUCCUCGCUGGCGGCAGUCAAAUACUCGAUAUCAGCCCGUCCCCGACAACGAAGCCUCCCCUUCGACACGCCAAAAACGCCACCAGAGUGGACGAUCGAAGCGCGCCUCCCCAACAAGCCGACGUUCUAACCGCCAAUCCUCACAAAUCGACGAUGAAUCUGAUGGAGUAGAAGUAGCUCCCCUGAGAAUAAUAAAGUCACGCUCUUCCGAGUUGCACAAGCCAGACCGGUCGUACGCGAAGCCAUCCGCACAGCCUCAAGGAUACCAUGCCAUUGAGCCAGAGGAGGACCCAGUAGUGCGUUUCGACGAAGCCCAGUUAGCAAUGUUUGCUGCGGAUAACGCCUCCCGCAUGCCUAAUAUCAAAGAUGAAUUGGCUUUGGCAGCGGGCAAAGUUACUCCUGGCAUUGACGACACACCGUACAUUCAAUAUGCUCUACAAGCCCUAGUUGGCGGUCAGAGUGUAUCGUUUCCAUCACAUCUCGUAUCCAGCUCGUCUGACGGACAUUCUGAUCGCUAUGAGCCGCUACGGGGAUUUGAUGAAUCUGCGGCAUACACCUCGCCAAUUCAUCAGGAUCGAUCAGUGAGGGAUAACAACCCCCGACCAGAGCCUCUCCCUCAGAAAGGCCCUCCUACCCCUGGGCAACUUCCGCGGCGCAGCACGGCCUCGUUUGAUCCGACGGGAGCAAGCUCAUCACGAUGGAUUCCUGUUUCCAAAAACAUGCAAAAAGAUCUCGACCCACACGGCAGAACCCUCCAGUCCCUCAACUUCAAACCACGGAUCCUACGGGCAUUCUCAAUGGUAAUCCUAGCUAUACUAAUUCUACUUAUGAUGGCAGCUCUCAUCUUCUCGGCCAGGUACUCGUACGCGCACUCUGGCUUGACGCCAUACCCAGGCAGCAUCUACUCGGGUCAAUACUUUUUAUUCCGCAUAUUGCCACAGCUAUUGGCUGCUGUUAUUUUCAUUUACGCUCAGAAUGUCGUAACUGCCUCUUUACGAAUUUUACCCUUUACUGCGAUGGCUAGUGAAGACCCACGAGCUAGAUAUUUGGCUCCUUUUCAGAGACUAUAUCCCAGUACGUUUUUGCUACCCCAGUUCAUUGGGCCGUGGCAGUUCAAGAUUUUUGAUGUUGCAACGUGGCUGGCCAUAUUCACGAUCCCCUUGCAAAGCUCAGCUUUCACUUGUAUUCUCGUCCACGAGAAGUGGAUUUGGGCGCCUGUUCAACCGGUUGUAUGGGCGCUUGUCGGCCUGUAUGGUAUUCUGUUGCUGGCAACAGUCAAUUUAAUGGUGUUCUGGCUUGUGCAAUGGACAGGCCUUGUUUGGGACAUUCGUUCGAUCGGAGAUCUUUUGCCCCUAUUGAACCGCAGCAAUAUCAUGGCUAGCUACCGACGCGACGAUCUUGCCGAGAACGCCAAAGUGUUUAAAGGCCAACUGCGCGAGAGAUGGUUUGAUCGACUGGGUUACUGGAAAGCCGAGGAUGCGACCACUGGAGGCAUUUGGUACACUAUUGGAGCAUCGCCUGUCCAAGAUUCAGGGUUCGCGUCUGGCGCAAUGGGCAAAGGGGCUGGCAACGAUGUGUUAAUCGGCUUGAAAGGGGCGGCGCCUCAUCUUUUGAUCGACAACACUCUUGGCAGAUAUCUGCCGCUGUAUCUUCGUGAUGGUCCACUCAUCUUUUCCGUAGCAGUCACUUUUGUUUUGCUGGCAGCUCUGGUGGUUGUUUCUUUCUUGCCACAGACUCGGCUAGAGUCUGGGUUUCUGCCGAUGCUGAGCGCAAGACCUGAUCACAAUGCCUUUUCGCCCGCCGACUUUGUCUUCAGUUUCGUGCCGGCUCUUGCUGGCAUGAUUCUCUUUUUGCAGUUUCAAAUCGUCGAUCAGUCGCUGCGCAUCGUCCAACCAUGGGCUGACUUACACGAUGUGAAUGGUUCUUUGGCUCAGAGAUCGCUUUUGGCAGACUAUGCAGCCUGUCUUCCCCUGCAGGCGACAUGGAGAGCGUUGAGAAAUGGACACUGGAGAGUGGCGGCCGUAUCUCUGCUGGCUGCAUUGUUUAUUUUCAUCCCAAUCCUAGGGGGCGGGCUCCUGAUGGCUUUAACGGGUCCUGAUAGGGCGGUCCGGAUGUAUCCCAGCAUGCCAGUCUUUGGCGUCCUGUUGGCAUUCCUCUUCCUCUAUGUGGGCGGACUCGCCUUGAUGGUGCCCCACCGACGCCAAUUCCUACUGCCCCGGGCCGUCACCUCGAUUGCUGGAAUUAUCAGUCUCUGCUCUGCUGAGGAGCUCACACAAGAUGCCGCGUUUCGAUCUGUUCGAGGGCGGAGAGAUCUCGAGAACCGACUGGGUGUCGGGCGCGACGACUCCCGGGAUGAGAGUUCAUGGUUCUUUGGCCCUGUGCUGGGAAAGGACGCAAACCGGGCGAGUAUCAGACGCAUGGUCGAUUUUUCAGAAAAGAUGCCAAGAUCUUCAAGAUCCAUGGUUUAA